CUUGAUUUCUGUGACUUUUUUCUUUAUUAUUAACUCAGGAAUAUUUUCCAAUUUGCCUAGAUUAUGAACACUUGGUUCACAACAUGCCUCUUUAAAUCUUCUCCCUAUGGAGAGAAUGCACAAAGUCCACCCAACUUCAGGGAAGUUCUCUCUUCUAACAAGUAGCCAAGUAAAACAGAUUUACCUUUGGCUGUCUCUGAAGACCAUUUGUAGUGUGUCUUUUCUAAGAAGUGGUUUUGACUGAAAGCAGAAACAUCAAACUACUAUCCUGCUGGAUGAUCUGAGAGUAUAACAAAAUGAGUUAUUAUGGAAGCAACUAUCGGAUUGUGAACAUGGAGGGAAAUGUGCCCAAGUACACUAACUGCCAUCCAGAGCACAUUAUAACUGAGAAGCGAAGAGCAAGAAGACGAUUGCUCCACAAAGAUGGUAGUUGCAAUGUGUACUUUAAGCAUAUUUUUGGAGAAUGGGGGAGUUACAUGGUUGAUAUUUUCACCACCCUUGUGGAUACUAAAUGGCGCCAUAUGUUUGUAAUAUUCUCUUUAUCUUAUAUUCUCUCUUGGCUGAUUUUUGGCUUGAUCUUUUGGGUGAUAGCCCUUCAUCAUGGAGAUCUGUUAAAUGAUCCAAACAUCACACCUUGUGUUGACAAUGUCCAUACUUUCACAGGGGCAUUCUUAUUCUCCCUUGAAACUCAAACCACUAUAGGCUAUGGCUCUCGUUGUGUUACUGAAGAGUGUUCUGUUGCAGUUCUUGUAGUUAUACUCCAGUCAAUUUUGAGCUGCAUCAUAAACACCUUCAUCAUUGGAGCUGCCUUGGCCAAAAUGGCAACAGCUCGAAAGAGAGCUCAAACCAUUCGAUUCAGUUAUUUUGCCCUCAUAGGCAUGCGAGAUGGGAAACUUUGCCUUAUGUGGCGCAUUGGUGAUUUUCGGCCAAAUCAUGUAGUAGAGGGAACAGUAAGAGCUCAGCUACUUCGCUAUGUGGAAGAUAGUGAAAGAAGGAUGACAAUGGGAUUUAAGGACUUAAAACUGGUAAAUGACCAGAUCAUCCUUGUGACACCAGUGACCAUUGUUCACGAAAUUGAUCAUGAAAGCCCUUUGUAUGCCCUUGAUCGAAAAGCUGUAGCCAAAGACAACUUUGAGAUUUUGGUGACAUUUACUUAUACUGGGGAUUCCACUGGGACUUCCCACCAGUCAAGAAGUUCUUAUGUGCCUCGAGAAAUUCUCUGGGGCCACAGAUUCAAUGAUGUUUUAGAAGUGAAGAAAAAAUAUUACAAAGUUAACUGCUUACAAUUUGAGGGAAGUGUUGAGGUAUAUGCUCCGUUCUGCAGUGCCAAGCAAUUGGACUGGAAAGAUCAGCAGCUGCACAACCUUGAGAAAACAUCCUCAGGCAAAGGAUCAGGAAUGACUGAAACCAAGGUUAGAAGAAGGUCAUUCAGUGCUGUUGCCAUCGUUAGCAGUAGUGAAAAUCCUGAUGAAAUGACCAAGACCACAGUUGAUGAGAAUGAUGAAACACCAUAUCAGAAAGCUCUUCUGCAAUUAAAUAGAAUCUCAGUAGAAUCUCAAAUGUAGCUUACAUGGUACUGGCAAUUUAUAAGUGGAUUGCUCCACCAACCCAAGUUUUCUCAAGACAGUCCCCCUAAGGCAAGUGGCUUGAAAUAACCUGAAAAUAGAAUAACAGUUUAGAAAAGCAAUUUUUGUUACUAUAUACCUGGAUAGGGACAAAGAUAGAAGAGGAGCCUGAUUAACAGAAAAUCUGUAAUCUCUUGCAAUCAAAAUGUUUCAAAGUCCAUUAGAAAUGUUGAAUUUAGGAAAGAAAAUGGACAGUUCUCAACUUUAUCCCUUUCACUGUCCUUGGCCAUUAUCCAGUGAAGGAGCCACUGAGCAGUAAAGUCAUAAUAACUAGAACUCAUUUAUAUUGUGCUUUAUAAUUUAGAAAGCACUUUCCUAACAACAACCUGGGAGAAAAAAAAAUAUAUAUAUAUAUAAUUAUAGUUAUACCAGUUUUACAGAGAAAAAGAAGCUAAAUAUCAGAGUUAAGUGACUUGUCCAGGUUAUACAGCUAAUAGUAACUAUGGGUAGUUGAUAUUAGAAUCAGAAUUUGAACUUACAUAUUUUUACUUUAAGCCCAGAAUUCUUUUAUCUUUUGCUUAUCAAUGUGCCUAAGAUACUAAUUAUAGUUAAAGACUUGGAGAAGUGCCACCUAAUAUCCUCAUAGUGUUUGCUUCAUUAGCCCUAGAUUGCUCAAAAUGAUUUUUUGACCCUUUUGGCCUUUAUUGAUCCUUGAAACAAAUGGAGACAGAUGUCAUUUUUUUCAGAGUAUGAGCAGUGAGAUUCAGGUGAUGACAUGACACUGAAAUCAUUGAUAAGCUUUGAGACAAUGGGCUCAUGAGAAACAAACUCAAUGUUUUGGGGUCCCCUUAACAUUUUGACCUAUGAUUAGAGUCAUUAUGAUUAAAGAAGGAACAGAAACAAUCAAUUUUUAUGUUCAUUGACAGCAGAAAAUUGUAAUGGAGAGAAGGGUUAAAAGAGUGGUAGAUUCAUUGAUUGGUAAAACCUUUUUUUUAACUUUAUCCUUGGAAUUAAAAAUAGGUGUACUUACCUAAAAUUUAGAUUCAUGGCUAUGUAUGGACAUGGUUUGAAAUUUGGUCUCAUGGCCAAAGAAUAUAUUAUUCUCCAUAAGACUCUUUUAUCUGCCACCAUUGACUAACAUGGAAUGCCUAAGUUGUAGAUUGAAGCAAAUUUUUUUCUUAAGGCUAAAAACUCACACUUUUGGUUUUUCAGUUGAAAAGGUGUUUUUUUUUUCCCUUAUCAAUGAAAAAGUCUACAUUAUAAGUCCACAUGGUUACUGUAAGCAGCUUAUUUUAAGGAACAUUUUUAUCCUUGAGAAUUGGAUAAACAAUACUUGAAAGCUAUAUUUAUAUAUGGCAAAUUGAGUGAUUAAGAGAUUAUGGAGAUAACAGAUUGUUUUAGAGUGAAGGGAAGAUAAUCAUGAUGAAUUCUUGUAGAAUAAAUUCAGUUAUCUAGAAAAAAGAGAAAUGUCAUUGCAGCACUCUCUUACAUUGACUUAGUGACUACCUUCAGAGUGCUCAGUAGGAUUGUAUUAAUUUUUAUAUAGCCUAUGGUACCUUUGUCAGAUUUUUAUUGUCCCUAAAAUUAUACCAUCUUUUUGAUGCUUCAUCUAGAAUAAGAAUUGAUUCACAUAAAGAGAAAUUGGAAUAAUUAAGAUAUAAUUAAGAUAUACUAGAUUGAAACUUAUGGAUUUCAAAAAAAAAGAAACUUAUGAUUUCUCAGUACCUGCUUAAAGACAAUUAAAGAUUAUUAAGAAACAUAAUCAAAAUAGCUCCAUUGUAAUAUAAAUUAGAAGAAUGUGUUGGUUACAACCUUCAAAACAAACUCUCUGCAAAAUUGUUGUAGAGUCUAAUUCCUCUGAUCCAACAUUUAGAAGUCUUGAUUCUUUCUUGCCUUAGGAUACCUAGUCAUAUUAGCUUUUAUAAAUGCAUGUAUGCAGGUUUACUUAUAACAAUUAUCUAGCUAAAUAUGCCCAUAAAAUUGGCAUGGUUGAAAAUUUACUUUUUUUUCAGUCUAUUUUAUCUAGAUUUAGCUCAAAUUCUCUUGCAUGUUUACGUA